AUGAAUCAUUUAUUGUCAGAGAGCCUGGCAAUAGAACGCUUGGGUUGCAUUAAAGCGCGUUCUCACCUCAGCGGAGACACCUCCCGCGUCGCCGGCCCGUAUCGCCAAACAUGCCCGUCCGAUAGAAUGAUUGAGAGCUUUGCCUACGAGGUGGGGAAGACCUCUGGGGAGAUGUGCCCCCAGAGCUUGCACUCGCCCGACUUGCAAUUAACUCCUGUGUCGGAGAAUUACCGCGGCAUUAGACGCCCGCCUGACGUAGCCCUCCUCAGCCGUGCA